AUGGCAGACUUGCUUCGUAGUCUGUUGAAAGGGUCCCCAUGGAAAAGCCAAGCAUCGGGGCCUGAAAUUGGUAUUUUGUCAUUUGAAGUUGCCAGCUUAAUGUCUAAGUUGGCAAAUUUGUGGCAUUGCCUGGAAGACGGGGAGAUUAUUAGGUUGAAGGAAGAAUUUGCAAAUUCGGUUGGUAUUAAAAUGUUUGUUUCUGAAGAUGUCGAUUAUUUGAUGGAUCUUGCUGUACUGGAAGUCAUGGAGAAUUUAGGAUGUGUGGCGAGGGCCGUGGUAUUACUUGGAAGGAAAUGUGAUGACCCUACCUAUCAUAAUCUUAAACCAGUAUUUGAGGACCCUGGUGAGAUUAAUCUUAAAUGGUCUAGGUGGGAAUAUCGGCUCAAGAAGAUGGAGAGGAAGGUUAAGAAGAUGGAGAGAUUUGUCGCUGCUACAUCACAGCUGUAUCAGGAAUUAGAGGUACUUGCGGAGCUCGAGCAAACUUUGAGGCGAAUGCGGGCUAACCCUGAGCCGAACCACGUGAAACUGUAUGAAUUUCAGCAGAAGGUUAUGUGGCAACGCCAGGAAAUCAAGAAUCUCCGUGAUAUGUCUCCAUGGGUACGCACUUAUGACUAUACUGUCAGGCUUCUGCUUCGAUCAAUUUUCACUAUAUUUGCAAGGAUCAAGCUUGUGCGUGGGGUAGACAAGAAUGAGGCUGGUGAUAAAGUUCUGGAUCGUUUCCCAGAUAGUGCAUCUUGUCUGGUCCGUAGCAGUUCCUUGUCUGCUUCAUUACAGUCUUCUAGUCAUCCGUCUCAGAGAAAUCAAGUUAGGUGCUACUCUGCUCAUCUGGGGAGAAAUUCCUCAAAUUUGGAGUCUGCUGGUGAGAAGAAUAGGACAAAUUAUAGAAAGUUGCACAGGCGGAAAACUUCAAUGGUUUUCGGUGGAAAACAUCAGCAGGUCAAAAGCAUAGGGUUAGCUCGUGUUGGACCUUUUAAAGGGUGUAUGCCAGGUAGUAGUGAUUCACCUGUUCUAGCAACGACCUUGCCUUCAAUCAGUGAUAUUCUAAGUUCAAAUGGUGUUUCCACCCAAGAGAUGAACAAAAUGAGGUGCAUGGGCACCUAUUCUCAGCCGAGCAAGGGUACAAUUUCAUCAAGAGUAAUCUUCCCAAAUUUUAGUCAUAAAAUUAUAAUCCCUUCUCCAUCUACCCUAGGCCAUGCUGCUUUGACUCUCCGUUAUGCUAAUAUCAUCAUAUUAAUUGAGAAGCUCAUAGCAGCACCACAUUUGAUCAGUAUGGAUGCUAGGGAUGACCUGUACAAUAUGUUGCCAGCAAGCAUCAGAGCCUCAUUGAGGAAAAAGUUGAAACUCUUUACAAAAACUUAUACAUCAUCCGUCUAUGAUGCUGCCCUUGCAGCGGAGUGGAGACUGAUAUCUUCGAGGAUACUGGAUUGGUUACUCCCACUGGCUUACAGCACAAUUAAAUGGCAUUCUGAGCGAAAUUUUGAGAAGCAGCAUAUGACUCCUGGGACAAACGUGCUUCUAGUUCAGACCCUUUACUUUGCAGACCAAGUUAAGACAGAAGCAGCGACUACAGAACUUCUCAUGGGCUUAACUUACAUUUCAAGGUAUUGUCAAGAACAUAAAGAAAGACCAUCAUUCCUUGAUUCUUCGUGUAAAAGACCAUCUGAUGUCUAUCUGUAUGACAAGAUCAAUAAUUCUCAUAGCAUGAUCAAUGAAUAUAUGUAG